CAGAGCAGAGCUCCUCCACAGACCACAGCCGCAGGGCUCCCACUGCAGCUCAGAGGAAAACCUCACACAGAAAUCUACACUGGAGGAGAAACUGCUACCUCACAAGACCACAAGACAAAGAGGAGAAGACAAGAGUGAUCAGACAGAGAGGAGAGGAGCUCCCCCUAAAGGACCUCAAGAUGUCACAUCACAAAAACUACUGAGGCAGAUUCUUUUUUGCAAUCCCCACACUGGAGCAAUAUCUCUAGAGAGGACAUUGCGAAAACAUUUGCAAGCUUUUUUUUUUUCAGUAUAUUGGAAGAAAGAGUUUUCUCUGGUGAAGCCUCGGCCCCAUCUGCCCCUGCCUCUACCUCAACCUCAGGAUGGCUGGCUGUACCAGCCGCUGCAGGCAGGGGGUGCUCAAAUUAAUCCAGUCGCUGCAGAGAUUGGUCUCAGGAACCCUCGCAAAAGAUAAAACAGACGAUGAGCUCGAGAUGACGAUGGUGUGUCACAGGCCAGAGGGUCUUGAUCAGUUGGAAGCCCAGACUAACUUCACCAAGCAGGAGCUGCAGAUCCUCUAUCGUGGUUUCAAGAAUGAAUGUCCAAGCGGUGUGGUAAAUGAGGAAACAUUCAAACACAUUUACGCACAGUUCUUCCCCCAUGGAGAUGCGAGCAUGUAUGCACAUUAUCUUUUCAAUGCAUUUGACACUACAAACAAUGGCUCCAUUAAGUUUAAGGACUUCGUAAUGGGUUUGUCUAUACUGCUGCGAGGAACACUGACAGAAAAGCUUGAGUGGACGUUUCACCUUUAUGACAUUAACAGAGAUGGCUACAUAAACAGAGAGGAAAUGACUGAGAUUGUGAGGGCCAUUUAUGACAUGAUGGGCAAAUACACCUACCCUGCACUAACGGGAGACGUCCCUCAGCAGCAUGUGGACGCCUUUUUUCAGAAAAUGGAUAAAAACAAAGAUGGAGUGGUGACCUUAGAGGAGUUUAUUGUUGCCUGCCAGGAGGAUGAAAUGAUGAUGAGAUCCAUGCAGCUGUUUGAAAACGUGAUGUAGGACAAGAGGACACGAUGGAGACAAAGACAUGGAAAUUACGAGGGCUUGGUGUGAGUGCGUGUGUGUGGAUGCAUAUGUGCAAUACAUCCAGUCUCUCCUCCUCUUCCCAUCUCAUCCAGCUGUGGUCUGGAUACAGUCAGAUUCCCCCACAAUGACUUGAAAGAAGGGACUGUACUGGAAUGCUGUUAGCCUUCCUGCAAUUUUCCCACACAAUACAAAGUGACCAAUGUGACAGACUUGGACGCAGAAGACAUCACUCUCAGUCUUGUCUUGAAGAUUGACCUGUUAAAGAUGCUCCUACAUUACAAAGCUGCUGCCGACCAGCGAAGAGCUACUGUUCAACCAGCAAAACUAUUUUUGUUUGUUUUUUGCCAAAAGACGUUCUCCUUUGCCAAAAUAUAAUUGCAUGCUUUUGCAAGAGGUUUUGACUUAUCUCCAAACAUUUGUCAAAUUUGUUAUGGAAUUUUGGCCAUAAAGACUUCUAUAUUUAUCUCAUGCAUCACUGCUGCAGUGAUCCCUGUACUUUUGUGUUGACCUGGCUGUCGCUUACCUGCUGAGUCUGUCUGAUGCUUGUUGUUAGGAGUCUGUCUGAAGCUUACAGUAGAAAGUCAAAGACUAGACGAUACAUUUAAUGGGUCUGAAAUGGUGUGUGUGUGUGUGUGUGUGUGUGUGUGUGUGUGUGUGUGUGCCCGUCCUUCUGUCUAUGUUGGAACUUAGGUUUUAGUGAAAGGAAAGAAGAAACUGAAUUAUUCCUUUAUAUUUUCACCUGCUGCUUUGCAUCUUGUGGUCAAAUCGGUGUUUGUCCUAACUGUAAAAACAGAAAUCUUGACAAAUGUGUAUAAAUUUUGGAUUUCAUGAUGAAGUGCCCACAAAACAAAGAUGUUGAGUAAUUAAUCAGGAAGAGGCUUGUGAACGUCAAACCAAUAUCUUUAUUUGCACAGAUGAUCAAGGUUUAACUUGGAGAUGGCAACAAUAAUGAUGGGAAAAUAUUUGUAUGGUACAAAUGUAUUGAUUUUGCUCAUUGGUAUGUUAAUAUACAAGAAAUUAUAAACCUAUAACUGAGUCAGAUUCCCUGUAUGUGCAUUGUCCAAUAAAGCUGAUUGUGAUCUGAGAAACAAUCAAAUGGCAACCCAGUCACUAGAAAAAUAUUGGCAUUGUAUGUUUCUGCAAACCACAUACACUACAUUUGUACGUUAUUAUGUAGUGGACACCUCGAAAUUUUAUGUUUCAACAACCCGUGGUUAACAUGGUUAGGGUUGAGGCAGGAAAACACAGCAGUGUCUUGGUACAAAGCAUUUUUUGUUGCACUGUCCCUGCUGGAAAACGGCCAUGGAUUCCUUAAAAAAAAACACCCACAUUUGGGUGUUAAAAAAGCCACUGGAAACAAAGUGACAGGCUCCUAAAUCACACCUACACUGGGGGACUGAAAAGCCGUUGGAAAAACAGGCAUGGGUAAAAAAAAAAAUGCCCAUGUUUUUCAGCUAAAAAGUGGCAGUGACAGUUCUGAAAAACUACCCAUGUUUUGGGGCUGAAAACUCAUUUCAAGAACAGGUACAGCCAAAAACAUCUAUGUUGCUUAACGACCCACAUUUGGUGCCUAAAGCACAGCAGUGACUUACUGUUUGUUGGUCUCAAACAGUGGACUGCAGUGAUUUGCAGCGUGGCAGGCAUCUUGCCCAACCACUACACCCUCCGUCCACUGAUGACAAAAUCAACUUGUGUAUUAAUGUGACAUUAGAAAGGUUGAUAUGGUACUUAUAAGAUAUGCAAAUGUAAUGUAUUAUUGGUUUGUAAGAAUGCACAGUGCCAACAUUGUCCUCUGGUGACGAGGCUGCGGAUACUUGCUGGGCUAUUCUAAUGAAAACCUGAUAUGAGUUAGUUUCUAACCUUGCAGGGAAAUACCACUGAAUGUCAGCUUUAGAAUGUGAUAUUUGAUGACACUGAGGACAUCCCCAUCUGUAUUAGUGAACAUCUGUCUCCCUCAUCCAAACCAAAUCUGUGAUGUCACACUGAUGUGCAGCCACAGACAGAAGGGUGACUGACUCCUGCAGUUGCCCGCUGAUGGUUUUCUGUGAGUCAGUGUUUGAAAGCAUCACCAUAAUAGAAAACUCACUGGGAUAUAGUAGCACUGAAAUAUUCAUCACUGUUCUUUUUGCAGUCAGUGGAGCAGCUCUUUGCUGUGUGGUACAUCAGUGUGACAUCACGGCCUCUGGUGUCCGGUAUCUUGGUUUGGACAGUUCAGUUAUUAAAUCUCACAAACAGAAAAUUAAUUCUAAGCCAUAAGAAUAAAUAUGUGAAUUCUUAAAAAA